UGUCGUGCAAAGCUAACUUGUCUUACACAUACUUACCUGAUAAAAUAUACACUAAAUAACAAUCGUACUAAUGAUCAUCAUGAUAAAUGCCUUAAAGGCGCAAUGGGUCCAUUUUUAAAAAAAAUAUAAAUAAAUAUAUAAAAGUUCAUCCUUGCUUGUACAAGUAGCACGGGAGUUCUUUAGAACAUGAUACAAAUGAAGUGCUUUGAAGCAUGCAGCAUUAUUCGCUGUGUUAAUGUAAUUUCCACUGAAACAGGAAGUGAGGGCGGGACGUAUCGAGUGGCUCCUCCCUCCUUCGACGUGAAUGAAUUCAAGCCGUUUCCUUCUUAACCAAUUUACAGUUGGAAUACUGAAUAAAGCGCACAUGUUCGAACAGCCUGAGACGCAUUUACAACCCACGCGUGCUGAUAUGAUUCCUCUCGCUCAACAACGCCAACUUCAGCAAGGUGAUUUUCAUAAAGUUGCGGGCGGGACACUUCGGAUUCUAGAGAGCGUUCGAUUGGAUAGAAAAUCCGAAGUGCGGGAUGAUGUCAUCAAAAUUGUUGAUUGGUGGUAGAGAGAAACUGUACGUUUUGAACGUGUAUAUCUUCUAAAUGCGAAUCGUGUCGUUCACGUGUCAUCAACCUGUUCAUACAAAGACCUCCAUUUUGAUUUCAUGGGGACUUUAAGUCAUGACCCACCUACAUAAAUGUUAUAGACCUAAUCUUGAUUUUUAAAAAAAACAAACAAAAAAAAAAGCUAAUCUUAUCUAAUGCACCUUUAAAUUUGGCACAUCCUAUUGAAAUCUUAUGAUUAAAGAAUAAAACAUAACAGUGCUGCUAUAGGAAAAUAAUCACCGACAGGGUGAUCUAAUGUUUCAGUGAAUAAUUCUUAUGAGUGAUUGUCAGCCAUGCUGAUAUGGUGGAGGAGAUGACGUAUCAAAGUAGUUAUCAUCUGGAUAAUAUUUCUCUGGUCUUCCAGGCUUGUGAAAGAUUCCCUUAUUUGAACAUUGCAGAGGUAAGUACACUUUUUCAGAAAGGGUAGUAGAUUAAUUUGAGAGGUAGCCGAGGCAGUGUUUCCAUCUAGUGGACACUUUUAGGAACUGCGUGAUAAAGCCAGUAAUAUAUUUUUCUUUUCCUUUUUUCUUUUUUUAAAGUUUGUGUGCUGGUGUUUCUCAUGUGGUUUUAGUUUCCUCUGUUUGUGUUAGAUUUUGACAGCUCAGCAGUGUUCUACAAACAUGAGGAAAUUGACCUUUUUUGUUACAAAAGAACACUACUUCCAGUAUUACUGCACGUCGAUCUGGUUGCUUCAGUAUGUGAGUCCUCAGUUCUGAUAUCACCGAAAUGUGGUCACGUUCCAGUAGUAAGGGUUUAACCCCCUAUUAUGUUAUGGAUCAAUUUGACCCAUUUCCAAUUUGACUUUUCCUCAUUUAGGGUCAUGAACUGUAAUAAUAAUAAUAACUAUAAUAAUAAAGGUUUACUGUUUUAAGCUGUUCUUUGCUGUUUUUGUAUGAAUUUAAACUGUGGAAGUCAUUUUGGCCCAUAACAUAAUAGGAGGGUUUAACUAAACUAUCCCGCGUGUCCAAGUCUUCCUUGUUUGUAGGUUUUGGCAUCACAAAUGCAUGUUUUCUGAUUGUAUGCAUCAAAAGAACUUGCACUCUAUGGCCAAAAGUACGUGGGCACCACCUGACCAUGACACCCAUAUGUGUUGCUGAACAUCACAUUCCACUUUUCUGUGAAGGAGCGUGGCUGUGAUCAUUCAUCUGCAAGAGCAUUAGUGAGGUCAGGUACUGACGGUGAGUGAGGAGGUCUGGGGUGCAGUCGGUGUUCCGGUUAAGGUCAGGGCUCUGUGCAGGACACUCGAGUUCUUCCACUCCAACCUUCACAGACCAUGUCUUCCUGGAGCUCGCUUUGUGCACAGCGGCAUUGUCAUGCUGGAACAGGUUUCUGCCUCAGGUCCAGUGACGGGGAAAUGGAAAGCGUGCUUCCAGAUUUGUGGAAGCAGAACAGAUGGUUGUGAUGGUCAGCAGGUGUCCAUCAAAAAGGAUUCAUGUGAUCAUGUGACCUUCCGCACCUCAUAUGUAGUUUGGGACACCAUCCAAGUCUGAAACGCUUCUCAAACCAUAUUUGGAAAGCCCCGCCUACUGGAGUUCUUAGCUCCGCCCACUGUGGUAUAUCCCCCUGUUUCUGUUUGGAGCUGGCUCCGGUUGCAGAGAUCCUUCUGUCUCUCCUUCUCUCUAUCAGUCUUCCUCUCUCUCUCUCUCACUCUCCCUGUCAUGCAGCACUCAGGAAUGGAGCUGCUGUUCCCGGCGGAUGAGGCGCACGUGAACGGGGACGCGACAGAGCACGCGACAGAGCACGCGGAGUCCGACCCUGCAAAGAAAAAGAAGAAAAAAAAGCGAAAGAAGAGCAAAGCCGCGGUUUCGGCAGGACAAGCUGAACUGGGGGAGGAUGGAGUCGUCGAGGACACGAGGAAGUCACUGGAGCAGCAGAGCUUGGAGGAAAGGGAGCGAGACGAGAACGGAUUAGAAGAUGGAGAUGAUGGAGACGGUUCUGCUGGGAAAAAAAAGAAGAAGAAGACGAAGAAAAAGAGUGGCCCUAAAACACAGACUGAUCCUCCUUCUGUGCCGAUAUGUGAGCUUUAUCCAAACGGAGUGUUCCCUGUCGGAGAGGAGUGUGAAUAUCCUUCCUCACCGGAUGGGCAGAGUGCCGCGUGGCGGAUGAGCAGCGAGGAGAAGCGUGUUCUAGACGAGGCCAGGGAGGACAUGUGGAACGAUUUCCGGCAGGCCGCGGAGGCGCAUCGGCAGGUACGACAGUACGUGAAGAGCUGGAUCAAACCAGGCCUGACCAUGAUAGACAUCUGCGAGCGUCUGGAGGAGUGCAGUAGGAAGCUAAUUAAGGAGAAUGGACUGAAAGCAGGUUUGGCUUUUCCCACUGGCUGCUCUCUCAAUAACUGCGCCGCUCAUUACACACCCAACGCGGGAGACCCCACCGUGCUGAAGUACGACGACGUGUGCAAGAUCGACUUUGGCACACACAUCAACGGGAGGAUUAUCGACUGUGCCUUUACUGUCACCUUUAAUCCAAAGUAUGACCGCCUCCUUGAGGCUGUCAAAGAUGCCACCGACACCGGAAUCAAGUGUGCAGGCAUUGACGUGCGUCUCUGUGAUGUUGGAGAGUCCAUACAGGAAGUGAUGGAGUCAUAUGAGGUGGAGUUAGAUGGGAAAACAUACCAAGUUAAGCCAAUCCGCAACCUGAAUGGUCACUCCAUUGGUCAGUACCGGAUUCAUGCUGGCAAAACAGUUCCUAUCGUAAAGGGCGGUGAAGCCACCAGAAUGGAGGAAGGCGACGUGUAUGCUAUUGAGACGUUUGGCAGUACGGGGAAGGGAGUUGUGCAUGAUGACAUGGACUGUUCACAUUACAUGAAGAACUUUGACGUAGGACACGUACCAAUCAGGCUACCAAGAGCCAAACACUUGCUGAAUGUAGUGAAUGAGAACUUCGGCACGCUGGCGUUCUGCCGCCGCUGGCUGGACCGGCUCGGUGAGAGCAAGUACCUGAUGGCGCUGAAGAACCUAUGUGACCUGGGCAUCAUCGACCCCUACCCACCACUCUGUGAUGCCAAGGGCUCUUACACAGCUCAAUACGAACACACCAUUCUGCUGAGGCCCACGUGCAAGGAGGUGGUGAGCCGAGGAGACGACUACUGACACGCACCCACGCCUAGAUUGUUCUGUACAAAAGAAACUACACAGUCCAAAUGGGACACACGCUAAUACGCACACUAAUAAUUGAAAGUAUUAACUAACUGACUGGAGCAGUGGACGCUGCAACCUUUUGCAUGAAAAGCUAUAUGAAAUAUAAAUUCUAAACUAUGCAGGAGGACGGACAGGCUUCUGUAGCUGCUGUCCUGGGCCUUGUUUCUCCAGACACUCAGAUCUUUAAGACCGUGACAAAUCUGUGUGUAUCAAUAGUGUGUAUCAGGAAAACCUGAAUGGAUUCAGGCAUCAUCUCUGUAUUGGUACAGAUCUGAUCUUGCUCACAGAGAUCUUUUAUUACUGAUGUUCUGUUAUUUCGAGACAAGCGAGUUUCCUUUGCGCAUUCACGUCUCUCUCUGUUUUUCCACGACGAGCAUGUUAGAACAGUGGGACAUCGUCUGGUCCGCAAAAUAAUCUGGCCGCAAUUCCAUAUACGCACAGUCAGGUCCGUAAGUAUUCGGUGACGCAAUCUGACAGUGUUUUUAUAAUUUUUUGUCUCUGUACACCGCCAGAAUGGAUUUAAAAGGAAGCAAUCAAGAUGUGAUUGAAGUGUAGACUUUCCGCUUUAAUUCAGGGGGUUUAACAAAAAUAAUGCAUUAACUGUUUAGGAAUUAUAGACAUUUUCAACAUAAUUAUAAAUAUUAGGAUUAUUUUGAAAAAUUGGAGGUACAUCCUUUGCAGUCAAUGACUGCCUGAAAGCUGGAACCCAUGGACAUCACCAAAUGCUGAUUUUCCUCCCUUGAGAUGCUUUGCCAGGCCUUUACCCUGGCUGGCUUCGGUUAGUGCGUUUGUGGGUCUUUCUGCCUUCAGUAAGUGAAAAGCAUACUCAAUUGGGUUGAGGUCAGGUGACCUUAAGAACAUUCUAUUUCUUUGUCUUUAGAAGCUCUUUGGUUGAUUUUGCGGGACUUUUUUGGGUCAUUAUCCAUCUGUACUGUGAAGCACCGUGCUAUCCGUUUUGCAGUAUUUGACUUAAUCUGAGCAGAAAGUACGUCUCUGUACGCUUCAGAAUUCAUCCUGCUACUUCUGUUAGCAUUCACAUCAUCAGUAAACACCAGUGACCCAGUUCCACUGGCAGCCAUACAUGCCCAUGCCAUAACACUUCCUCCACCAUGAUUGACAGAUGAUGUGGUAUGCUUUAGAUCAUGAGCCCUUCCUUUCCUUCUCUAUACUCUUUCUCUUCCCAUCAUUCUGGUACAAGUUAAUCUUGGUUUCAUCUGUCCAGUGAAUCUUGUUCCAGAACAAGGGCAGGUUUUUUUUGUUUUGUUUUGUUUAGCCUAAUCUGGCCUUUCUGUACUUGAGUGCUAUCAGUGGUUUGCAUCUUGAAGUAAACCGUCUGUGUUUACAGUCAUGAAGGCGUCUCUUGAUUGUAGACUUUGACGAUGACACGCCUACUUCCUCCAGAGUGUGCUUGACUUGGCUAGAUGCUGUGAAGAGGUUUCUCUUCAACAAGGAAAGAAUUCUGCGAUCAACCACUUUAGUUAUCUUCUGUGGUCUUCCAGGCCUUGUGGUGUUGCCGAGCUCGUCGGCGCUUUCCUCCUUUUUUAAAAAAAUGUACCAAAUUGUUGAUUUGGCCACUUCUAAACUUUCUGCUAUCUUUCUCAUAUGUGUAUUUUGUUUUGUUUUUCCAGCCUAAUGACGGCCUCGUUCACAAUGCAUCGACACCUCUUCGGGCCGAAUAUAUAGAGUUCCCAUGAACAGCUACUAAAUGCAAAUUCAACACUUGGAAUCAACUCUGAACCUUUUAUCUCCUUAAUUUGUCAUGAAAUAACGAGGAAACACGCCACACCUGGCCAUGAAACUGCUUAUCAGACAAUUGUCCAAUUCCUUCCUGUGAAAAUGAAGGGACUCCACAAAAAUGGCUGUAAUUCCUAAACGUUAAUGCAAUAUUUGUGUCAAUUAAAGCCGAAAGUCUACACUUGAAUCAUAUCUUGAUUGCGUCAUUCCCAAAUCCAUUGCGCUGGUGUACAGAGGCGAAAUUACGAAAAUCGUGUCGCUGUCCAAAUACUUAUGGACCAAGUUCUAAAUGACGUGGGAUUGUUUGGAACACACCAAUAGGCAGCACCAUUCGGUUUAACGGUAGACUAUAAUUGAUCGAGACAGGGAUUUCAUGAAACUGGCGGCUGCCUUACCUCACAGGACUGGUCCAGUUUUUACCGCCACACGAGGAGUGACCAAGUAUUAGGGAAGAAAUUACACAUGCGACUGAUUUCUUUUCUAUGUUAUAACAGUUGAGACCGAUAUGUGAGUGAGGCUUACUGAAGCUGACCCACACUGUAGCAAUGCGGUUCAUUUACUUAUGCUUUCUACAAGAUUUUGAGGUAUUCGUGCAUAAUUCUACACACCGCUACAUCGUGGUCUGAUAGCACACAGAUGAUUUACAAAAUAGCUUAAAGGGAAGAAUUCUUCAAGGGCAGAAAUAAAUGUUUGUGCAGACAAAUAUUGACCGAAUUAAAUAACCGCCUUUAUACCACCGUGCUAUUGAAUUCCCCAUUCUGAUUGGUCAGAAGUCGAUUGAUUUACUGUAAGAGCACUGAGAAGAAUUGUCUCUAACUGCAGGUUUACAUUUACGCAAUAACUCAAACAGGAGUGCUGUUUUACUAAAUAUCAACACACACAAAUGAGUGGACCGGAACUAACUAUUGUGUAAUAAACAUUUUAGUACCUUAUCGUUUCUGUAGUAACUCUGUAGUACAGUGUCUCACAGAACAACAUUAAAUAUACAGUAUAUAUGAAUAUACAGUAGUGCUUGGAGAAUUUUCUAUACUUCUGCAUAAAUAUGGCCUAAAACAUCAUCAGAUUUUCACACAAGUCAAACAACCCAGUUAAACAAAUGAGACAAAAAUAUUAUACUUGGUCAGUAUUACAUAUCUGUGAGGGGCAAAAGUAUGUGAACCUUUGCUUUGAAUGAAUAAAUGUGGAAUGCUAGAGGAUUCCUUUGAAAAGUAUUUUUCAGACAUCAGAAUUUUUUUUUUUUUUUUUUUUAAAUCACAUAUCCGGAUGCACAACCUACGGUCUCGUCCCUAUACAAGAAUCACUUUGCACAUUCUUUAACAGUAUAGUGCUUUGGAGAAACAAGGCCCAGCUAUGUUUUUUUUAUUUUUAUUUUUAUACCUGAUUAAGGUGAAAUGAAAUAGAUACCGACAGUAAACAGCUCUCAGUUCGGGUCCUGGCGGUCUCGUAAACAUACUUUUUUGGGUAUUUUUUUUUUUAUUAUCCAGAGUUCUAUGAUUCACUUGAUAAAGGGCUUGUUGGAUUUAGUGGCUCAGGCAUGUGAAAAUCUGAGUGCAUUGAAAACUGCUGCUUUUAUCCGUUUCUACUCGGUGACUAGCAAAAUAAUAAUAAUAAUAAUAAUGAAAAAGGAAUAAUUAAAGGGGUGAGAAAAGAGUAUGGCUGCUCAGCUUCUUAUGGCAUGGUGAUCACGAAAGAAAAGAAAAAAAGGCAAUCUGUGCACUCUGCUACGUAAAUAUAAGGUGCUUUGGGUAUUUGUAUACUAUCUCUGAAAUGCAUUCAUGUUUUCAUUUGAUUUUUUUUUUUUUUUUUUUUUUUUGUAAGCCAAUUAAAUACCUAUAUUUAUUUACUAGAGGUGUGCAUGUUUUCAUCAUUUUUUUCCAUGCUUGGUGUAGUUGAUGGACUAGUCAUCAAUCAAACCCCCCUUCUUUUUUUUUUUUUGCCAUAGUUUUCCAUGAAUUCUCAUUUGAGAUCAGACCAGCCUACAAAUGCCUCACCUCGCUCAUGUGAAAGCAAAAAUGAGAUUUUUACUUGUGGCUGAAGCGGCGAGAUAUUCCCAUUUGCUUUGGGUAACGCUACAAAUGUAGGCCUACUUUAGGUUAUUUUUACGAAUCAGCCAUAUAUCCCCAUCACCAUCAACCGAUGCUAACGACGUAAACAUAACUUAGGGCAUUAAUAAGUAGAUAUGGCUAAAAGAUUGUGGACACCUGACCUGUACAUGGGCCGUCCCCAAACUUUUGCCACAAAUGUAGAGGCACCAUAUUGUAUAGGAUGUAUUCGUAUGCUGUACCAUUAGGAUUUCCCUUCACUGGAACUAAGAGAUACAAACCUGUUCCAGCAUGACGAUGCUCCUGUACACAAAUCGAGCUCCAUGAAGACGUGGUUUGUUAAGGGUUUACUGGAAGGACUCGAGUAUCCUGCACAGAACCCUGACCCUAACCUUAUUGAACACCUUUGGGAUGAACUGCACCCCAGACCUCCUCACCCGACAUCAGUACCUGAUCUCACUAAUGCUCUUGUAGCUGGAUGAUCACAAAUCCCCACAGCCACGCUCCAAAAUCUAGUGGAAAGUCUUCUCAGAAGAGUGGAGCGCAUUAUAACAGUAUACGUGGGAAUUAAUCUGGAAUGAAAUGUUCAACAAGCACAUACGGGUGUCAGGUGUCCACAAACUUUCGGCUAUAGAGUUUACAGUUUCCCCAUAGAGGGACUUCUUUACUCCUCUUUGGAGAAGUGGUUCGAAAGGUUGGAGUGGUUUUCUGUGGAUGAGUGAUGAAGUUUCCUACAUUUGCAUUCAACUGAGACCUUUAACUGACACCGUUACAACCUGCAGAACCUGUGUCAUUUUAAUUUGGUACAUUUUCUCCAUAUAUAUUUGUUGUAAAAUAUAAUAAAUAUAAAUAUGUAAAUAAACACGAACACUGGUUAUUGGCUCUGCUUGUCGUGUUCAUUUUGUUGCCUCCAAUCUCUGAUCAUUGUAAACGGACAAGGCCGACUUUAGUUUAUUUUCAGA